UGUAGCAAUGCUAUUCUACAAAUCUAAUCACACAUACCGGUAUCACCGUUUCACGGUUUCAUUAUUCCACUUACAGUUACACUGGGUGAUGGAGCUGAGGUAGGCAAUGUAAUGAUAAGAGAAGUCAGUGAUAAUCGGCGCAUUGGUUGUGGGAAGCCCCCACGCCACUGGUUACUAGUAUUUCGGGCGAACAGCUAGUAAUUAGUAUAGGUGUCAGCUACUUUUACACAAGAUGAAUCGUGUCAGAUCACAUUUGUUGAGAAGUUGGAGAUGGAAUCCAAUAUCCGCCGCAAGUGUAUCGCUAAGACGUUUAAGGACAGCAACGAACUUCAGCUAUAGAAGCCACGGUGCCAGCUCCCCACUAUGGCAGACAACGACAUCAUCACGCUCAGCAUCACAGCCAGUGGUGCCUGCAUCAAGCAUAUUGGCUGUUGAGAGGUGUCGUAAAAAGCAUGGUAGAGGACAUAGCUACCAUCACAAAACAAAGUCACCUAUUCCUUUGGCGGCAUUCUUCGGAUUUAUUUUUGGAAGUAAUUCCGGCGACACAGCAGAUAACAAUGGCCGCAGCAGUGAUGAACACAGCAACAUGUCAGCACUAGAGACGGCUCUGCAUGAGGCGGAUCGCCUUGAUGCCGAGUUUGAGUACAGACUGGAAUACGAUCUAUUAGUGUCUCAUGUAGACGAGCAGAAUGCAGAAGUCUUGUGGAGGCUUGCGCGUGCCAUUGUGCGCGGAUUUGAGUUGUCUCUGUUGGGAAUUACCCAUCAGCAGUACGGCGCACUGAUGAAAAAGGCCAAGUCUCACGCUUUGCGAGCUACAGAGCUUGCCCCUGAUAGCAAGGACUGUCUGCUGUGGGCUGGUAUUGCUAGCAUUCUGACCUUCAGUAACAUUCAUCAAAAGGAGAAAGCCAUUGAGUACGCCAGAGUUCAACAGCAGCUGACUAGAGCUGUGGAGUUGGAUCCAACAGAUCCACUGGCAUGGCACUGGCUUGGUCGAUGGCAUCUCUUAGCAGCAGAUGAGCCAGCAUUUCAUUCCUUCUAUGAAUUAAUCAUGCUUGACCACCCACCGCCCAGUACAUACUAUGAUGCACUAAUCUGUCUCCAUCAAGCAGAACUUCUGUCACCUGGAUUUCGAGUGGACAACCUGAUGCAAAUGGCUCGCAUCUACGUACGCUUAUUGGACUACGACAAGGCAUACACUCUAAUGUGGCAGGUCAUCUCAGCUAAGGCGUUCACGGAGUUAGAUAGGACAAGUCGAGACUAUGCCAAGCGGUAUCUACGCGCUUAUUUUGAUGAAGAUGUCCAUGAUGAGUAUGACAUGCCUGUGGAGUUCUAUGCAAAGAUAGCCACUGGCGGUGCACACUACAGUGACCACCACCUGGAGGAAACGCUGCGUAAGAAAGAAGCUAAGAUACGCCAGCAGCAAAAAGAAACAAAGAAACAGGCCGCAGGGUGACUCGUGCAGUACGGGAUGUUCAACUUCUCUGCUGAUUCUCAUUGGCUGCCAACGAUGGCAGUCCACCCGCAGAAGAGGAUUGUCAACUCCAGCACACAAGCACGCGUGCCCGUGUUCUUCAAUGGAACCUAUGCAAGACAUCACACACUAGCCUAGGUGUGUGCUGAGCGGCGGAGUGACACACACAUACAAGACAUCAUACUCCGGAAUGAUAAAACUCCGACCAGCACCUGCUGAAGUUGUGGUGUUUGGGCAACAUAUUGCUUUCUACUCAUUCUGCAUGCAGAAGUGGAGUGUUGGAGGUUGGACUGGAUUUUUCUUUCAUAUGUGUGUGUGCACACAAGUGUGUGUAUGGAUGCAAUAUUGGCCACAGGAAUUACCAUUAAUUUCAUUUGAUCUCCUGAAAUCAAUUAUUUUCUUCCUCCUACAGUUUCUUUUCCAACCUCAUCACAAGGUACAAGGUACAAUUCGUCCUUUACUACAAAAGAAUACCAGUGGACCCUUUCUUCAGCUAUGCUACAGCUCUGAGCACUGCUGCCACCUACUUUGUGUCUUUGGAUACUAAGUGUUUCCCCAGUCAUCACAUUCCUGAUCACUAUGAGUUCCUUGUAAGAUCAACGGCCUCUAGCUUGCUGCCUGCUC